CUUAGGCUGAGACCUAAUAAUGCAUAUCAUCGAAACGCCCCUCAUGCUUUUCUGAGAAAACGAAACCGAAUCUGCUAUCCAGCUUGUUCGCAGUUAUCGUGCUUUCAAAGAUGUCUACGGACGAGGAUUUCUCCCUUAUAAUUAACGGUGAGCCGUCGGAACGCCUCGAGGACAUAAUAAAGGAGAUCAACAAAUGCAAGACUCAGCAUGAAGCUUUAUUGAAGGAACAAAAAAUCAUCAAAGAUGCCAUAGAUAACAACAAAAACUUUGCUAAGGAAUUUAAACAACGCACAAUGGAGAGGAAAAUGUCUUUUGAGGAAGAUAACAAGAGACAUACUGAGACACUGAAUAAAGAAAAGGUAAAACUGAAAACUGCACAGAAGGAACAAAAUAGACUGAGGACGGAGAUCUUGAAAAUGAAGGAGGAGUUGGGAAGCCUGGAGAGAAAAAACGACUGUCUGAGACAGCAAACUGAGAUCUCUACUGCAGUGCCUGAGAAGAAAGUUGUCUUUCAAGGAGUGACAGCUCAAGGUGCACAUGCUCUGAGCUUUGAUGUGAAUCCACAUAUAGUUUAUCCGAUGGAGGGGGGAACAGCACUGAUUACAUUUGAGGAAGAGGAAGUGGCUCAGAAGAUCUUGAGCAUGAAGGAGCAUCGGGUGGAGCUUGGGGAGUGUGCCAUUAAUGUGGAGGCUAAACCAGUUCAGUUCCUGGUACCCAGAUAUGUUGAGAUGAACACGAAGGUUUGCCAGCGCAGAAUCUUAAUCUCUAACCUCCCAAAUAAAAUAUCUGAGGAUCGACUAUUAGACAAGCUGGACAUCCAUUUCUCUAAGAAAAGGAAUGGAGGAGGCGAGGUGGAGGACAAAGACAUGCUGCACGACUCUAGCACUGUGGUCAUUACCUUCGUAGAUGAUGAUAUUGCAAAAGGUCUCACAGACAAACAGGAUCACGAGGUAGAGAUUGAGAAAAACAGGAAGCACAAGGUGAAGGUCACACCAUUCCUCAAUGGUGAGAUUUCGCAGCUCCAGACCUGUGACUCAGUGUGCCUGCGCACAGUGCAGCUUACAGGCAUCCCUGCCAUUAUGGACCUAGAGAGCUUGCAGGACCACCUAGAAAUCCACUUUCAGAAGACGGCCAAUGGUGGUGGAGAGGUGGACAGCAUCAUCUACAACCCUCUGGGCCACACCACCCUAGCUCUGUUUGAGGAAGACUCUCCUGAAGACGGCCAGAGUGUGUGAGAAAGAAUAGCUCGACAGAUACCUCCAUUUAUAAACCCCUAAAUAUCAGCGAUCUAAUGCUACCCUUGGACCACAAACAAGAUGCGUUAUUCAUAAUGGAAUUUAUAGUGCUCUUUAUAAACUCUUUAUUUGGGCUUAUAUUGCAGAAGAACAAUAUUAUAUGGAUCAUUUCUACUUCAUACUUUCAUACUUUAUUUGCCUUUUACAUUUAUGUUUAUGUAUUUGGCAGACACUUUUAUCCAAAGCGACCAAAGUGCAUUCAAGGUAUACAUUUUAUUAGUUUUUUUAAACAUGCUUCAUGGAUAAAAUUAAUCUUAUGUUGUUUAGUUUAAAAAUAUUGUAAUGUCUUUUCAAGGUAAAGUUUAACGUGGGGCUGUAAGGCUAUAAGAUUGGUGAUUAUAAGUUAUUAUAUGAUUAAAUGAAAUAUAUAAAAAAAAGGACAAUUUCUCAAAACCAUCAUGUUAUCUGUGAAAUAACAAAAUCAGUCUAAUAAAUAAAGGUGGCAAACUGCCA